AGACUUCUCUCCUCACCUCUGUCUUCUCACCUUAUUCUGUACUCGAUAAUGGAUGAGAAUGUGAAGUUUGAAGUGGAAUAUUCACGAAUAGAGACUCAUGAAGAAGGAUCUGCUACUUCUGAGCUUCGAUUUGAGGGUUGUAAUGGAGAAAACGGGUUCGUUACGGGUUCUAGUAUUGUAUUUAAUGGCGACUCUGCGAUAGGAAGCGAUUUUCCCGUGAGAUCGGAUUGCAGUAUUUUCCCAACUGCCGGAUCCAACGCUGCUGCUAGAUAUAAAUUGAUGUCACCGGCCAGACUUCCAAUUUCGCGGUCGCCGUGUUUGACGAUCCCUCCUGGCUUGAGCCCUACUACUUUACUUGAUUCCCCUGUUCUUCUAUCCAACAUGAAGGUAGAGCCUUCCCCAACUACCGGUACCUUUUCCAAGCCUCAAAUCAUGCGUUCUUCUGUUCGUCCUGCCACAAUCUCUUCUAAAACAGACACCACCAAUGAAAAUUCCAACAACGGAAGAACUUCUACUGACUUCGAGUUUAGACCCCAUGCUAGAACAAUCCCGGGUUCCAGCUUAUCCUCAUUGGGAACUUUGGCUCCCGCAGGCCCAAAGUAUCAGCAGUCUGAGCCAUUUGUACAGGCCCAACGUCAAUGUCAGUCUCAAUCAUAUGGGAAGCCACUUUCAGCUGAAAAUGAGAGUGUGACAGUCUCCUCACAUGAACUGAAACUAUCUGUAAAUGCACCAAACCCACCAAUUCCAUUGGUUAAUUCCAGGGACAAUUCAUCUGUGCAAGUUGCUGAUGAUUUGCCACGGCAUCAAGCAUCAGAUACUGGGCUCCAAGCAUUGCAGUCAGAUCAUAGAGGCACCAAUACUUCAACCAUGGCUGAGAGGUUCUCAGAGGAUGGAUACAACUGGAGAAAAUAUGGACAGAAACAUGUGAAAGGGAGUGAACAUCCACGAAGCUAUUACAAAUGUACACAUCCUAACUGCCAAGUGAAAAAGCAAUUGGAACGAUCUCAUGAUGGGCAGAUUACAGAGAUUAUAUAUAAGGGUAGCCAUGAUCAUCCUAAACCUCAACCUAGCCGUCGCUCAGCAGUUGGUAUGAUUUUGUCCAUCCAUGAAGAAAGACCUGAUAGGUUUUCUUCUUUAACUAGCACAGAAGACAAAUCAUCCAAUGCACAUGGCCAGACAUCUCAUCAGAUUGAGCCAAAUGGUACACAUGAGCUCUCUCCUGUAACAGCAAGUGAUGAUGAUGUAGAGGGCACAGCUGCACAAUCAAACAGGAUUGAUGAUGAGGUUGAUGAUGAUGAUGAUGAUGAUCCUGAGUCGAAGCGCAGGAAAAAGGAUAUUGGUUGUUUAGAUGUUACUCCAAUGGGUAAACCAACUCGAGAACCGCGUGUUGUUGUACAAACUCUAAGUGAGGUUGAUAUACUGGAUGAUGGAUACCGCUGGCGCAAGUAUGGGCAGAAAGUAGUGAAAGGAAACCCAAAUCCGAGGAGUUACUACAAGUGCACGAAUGCUGGAUGUCCAGUUAGGAAGCAUGUGGAGAGGGCAUCACAUGAUCCAAAAGCAGUAAUAACCACAUAUGAGGGGAAACAUAACCACGAUGUACCUGCUGCUAGAAGUAAUAGUCAUGACACAGCAGGAACUACUAUUCACAACAUGGCUCUAAAUAGCAUGUUGAGGACUAGGUCAGAAGAAAGUGACACCAUUAGCCUUGAUCUUGGAGUAGGCAUUAACUCAAGUCCUGAAAAUAGAUCAAUUGAGAAACAGCAGAUGCCUGAUAUUCAGCCUGUUCAAAGUCUAACCAACAUUGCCGGUCCCGGUUGUAGUAGUAUAAUUCAAGCAACAUCAGUUUCGGCCUAUUAUGGUGCUUUUAACAGUGGCAUGGAGCAAUAUGCAUCUAGAGAAGACCAGGGUGAAGGCUUCAGCUUUGAGACUACACCUUUAAGUCAUUCUUCUAACCCAUAUCAACAGAAUGUGGGUAGAUUACUAUUGGGUCCAUAAGAUUGUUUAAUGACUCCAAGGAAAUAAAAGCUGCAGGUGUUAUUUGCAGAAGGCAAAUAUCAAUGUUUAGCUUGAUGCAGGUAUCAUUAUUUCCCAUCCAAUUAACUGUUGUUGCUGUCAUCUUGUUUAGUAUUCCCCAAGCAAUUGCCUUUACCCUUCUUGAAGCUGCCUCUUGUUGUAUAUUUGAUUUAACCUUUGUAAGCUGAAGACUAAUGUACAAAUGUGAAACUAAUAUACUCAAAGUUUCCAGUCCGAC